UGCCGCCAACGCAAUGCGAGAAAAGUAGCUCCAAAAGAGAAUCCCCCGGCAGAGUGACAGAUCAACUCGCCUCACUUGACUGACAACCCAGGGCGCGUCCUCGACGUUACCUGGGUGGUGGGGAAGCUGGGCAUCAUCGUCUCGUCUGCCCGCUGUGUUGUUGGUUCCUCGAACUAAUACAUGCCUGCGUCUUGCAUUUGCAUUCAGGCUAUGCCAACAACGGUCCUGGAUCUUGGCUCUGGUCAACUUGCACUUGUCUCUGGCCUGGAACCCCAACUCAUCAAGCAUCCAGUGCGGUCAAUGCUGGAUGGUUCCGUCAGGCCACGGCGGCGUAUCAGUAGCCAGGCCUCCUCCUCUUCCUCCUCCUCGCGCCACCAAACCACCCGUCCACACCAUAUCGCAUCUCAGGCUGCUUCUCCAGACACCCUCAGCGCUCCACGGCCCAAUCUAAUCCCAUCUAGAACAGACGCUCGCUCUCAAUUGAUUCCCUCGCCUCGUGCCGCUCGCUGCCUUUUCUCCGUCAGCCACCACCCGCAAUGUCUAACCCUCGUGUCUCAUUUCCCCGUCCUGGCCGUUCACAUGGGGCGGAUCGUCUCCCAACCAUCACCUCCGCGUCACCGGGUUGUGAUUCCCGUCCAUCACAGCCGUCCGCAGCCUUGUUUCUCUUACUCCUCUUUCUCCCGCUCGGCCACACCGGAGCUAGGCUCGGGCCACAGGGAAGCCCGUCACAUCCACCUCUCCCCGAUUCGCCCGUAGCAAUCCUCCAUUUUCCUCGCCUCUGCUUCGUCGGUAAUCAUUCC